UUAGACCAAGUUACGAACGAACCGUUGAGCAAGCAACAUGCAGUCCCAUCUCAUUGCCAUCCUGCUGGCCACCGUGGCCAUCGGCUCCUGCCUCGCCAAUCCCAGCCUGAUCUCCGGACCCUCGAGGAUGCUGGAGAUAAUGAGUGCCACCAGCGAAAUGCAGCGGAACAAUCCCCAAUUGGCCUCCGCCUGCUUCGCCUACUACAAUGACGUCUUCAAAUCCGACUACGAUGUGUACGAGCGGGAGUACAACCAGUGCCUGGACAGGUUCAAUGGCGGCCGAGAUGAGGUCCUGCGGCGGUACAAUCCCGUCGUCUGGGACCUGAGCAACUCCACCUUCGACUCCUGCGCAUAUCUGCUCGACUGCGAUAACCUCACCAACAGCCAGGACUCGCUUAACUGCUAUGCCAAUGAGGGUCCCAAAAGGUCCAAGGAGUUGACCACUGUGUCCGCCAAUGCCUCGACUUCCUUUGGAUCCCUCACGCAGGAGGUCGAGCAGCUCAGCUUUACCCGAGAGCUCUGCUGCAACUCUUCUGCCCGGAACUACGAGGUCCGCUCCGGCGAGUCUUACGAUUCCUUCCAGAGCUGCCUGGCGGGCCAGACUCCGGUGCCGCAGAUCACCACCACCACCCCCGCCCCGAUCACCACCACCCCGAAUACCACCACCACGAGCACCACCACCACGAACACCACCAGCAAGCCAACGACCACCCCCUCAACGACCUCAUCCACGACCUCAGGCACGAUCGCUUCCCAUGUCGGAGACGAUGAAAGCAACAGUGGCCACUCAAAACACCGAUGGGGCAACAAGUUGAACAAUAUUUUUAAGCAUGUCUAAAAUUCCAAGAGAAUAUUAAUAAAAGAUCAUUUAUCUAAACAUUAAAAAAAAA